GGCAAGGGCUUCACCCACUCCAGCAACCUGCUGGAGCACCAGCGCACCCACACCGGGGAGCGCCCCUACACCUGCGCCCAGUGCGGCAAGGGCUUCACCCGGUCCCACAACCUGCUGGAGCACCUGCGCACGCACACCGGCGAGCGACCCUACACCUGCGUCCAGUGCGGCAAGGACUUCACCAAGUCCAGUCACCUGCUGGUGCACCAGCGCACACAUACCGGUGAGCGCCCCUACACCUGCGCCCAGUGCGGCAAGGACUUCACCCAGUCAAACACCCUGCUGGAGCACCAGCGCACCCACACUGGCGAGCGCCCCUACACCUGCACCCAGUGCGGCAGGGGCUUCGCCCAGUCCUACACUCUGUUGGAGCACCAGCGCGCUCACACUGGCGAGCGUCCCUACAUCUGCAGCGACUGCGGCAAGGGCUUCACCUGCUCCUCCAAGCUGCUGUACCACCAGCGGGUGCAUGCCGGUGACCGUCCCAUCCCCAGACCGGAGUGUGGAGAGCGCUUUGCCAUGGCUUCCCACGCCCUGUCUCACCAGCGCGUGCACACCAGUGGCCAGCCCAAUGACUGCCCGUAUUGCGGUGAGGAGUUUGACAGCUCGCGGGGGUUGCGGCAGCACCGUCGGACCCACGCCGACGAGCAGCUGCUCCCACUGCGGCAAGCGUUUCAAGGGAGCAUGGAGGCUGCUGGAGCACCAGCGGAUACACACCAGAAAGAGACCCUUUGUGUACACUGAGUUUC